CUCCAAUCGGUGUAGGCUUCUCAUAUACAAAUACAAGUACUGACUAUGUGAAGUUAGGAGAUAAACUUGCUACAAACGAUGCAUACACUUUCCUGAACAAUUGGUUCAAGAAGUUCCCAACUUACAGAAACCAAUCCUUCUUUAUAGCUGGGGAGAGUUAUGCAGGGAAAUAUAUACCUGAGUUGGCUGAUCUCAUUGUUGGCAAAAACAAAGAUCCUUCUAAUACUCUUCCUAUUCAUCUUAAAGGAAUAAUGAUGGGCAACCCUGAGACAUCAAAUUUAGAGGACUGGUGGGGUAUAGUGGAUUAUGCUUGGAGCCAUGCUAUAAUCUCAGACGAAACCUACAAAAUAGUGAAAGAUAAUUGUGAUUUUAAUAGCUCUGAUUUGUGGAAUGAUAAGACCUGUGCUGAUGCUUUAAAUGAAAUGUAUAAGCAAUACAAUGCGAUAGAUAUGUACA